GACAAGCCGAGUGGGAAUCUAUGGAGGAAGCCGUCAACCUCGAUUGGGUCGGUGUCGCGGGGCCACUGAUGAAACGGUACAUGGAGGCCACGAAGCAUCCGACGUUGGAGAUCAAACACAGUGCAAUCGUGUGGCGGUAUGAAGAGGUAGACCCUGCACGGGCAAAGGAGAUGGUGGACCUUAUGAAGGAUUUGCUACUACACGAACCAGUAGCGAUCAAGAGUGGCCAUCGUAGCAUCGAAGUCCAUCCGCAGGGAAUCAACAAAGGCUCGGUGGUCAGGAAGGUCCUCUCGGCGAUGGCUGACGACCAGAAUCGAGCGGACUUUGUGCUGUUCAUCGGCGACGACUCCUCAGACCAGGACAUGUUCGAAUUUUUCGCCACGGAUAAGCACAAGGAUGUGGUUGCUCCCCGUGCCACCGUGAUCACUUGCACGGUUGCCAAUAAGGCCAGCAAAGCCAAGUAUUACCUGGAAAACAUUGACGGAGUCAAAAGUCUGCUCGUCUCCCUUGCUGAACGCGCAAGGUCGCUGUCGAGAUCUAAGCUGCUUACGUUAACCGAACAACAAUGAGCAGACACUUCUCUUCCAACUUGGUGAUUGGA